AUGAAUAUUGACAUCGAAAUCAACAGCUACAGCGACAUCAACAGCGACAUCAACAGCGACAUCAACAGCGACAUCAACAGCGACAUCAACAGCAACAUCAACAGCAACAUCAUCAUCAACAGCACCACCACCACCCACCCUCUUUCCCUCGAAGACGCACUUUCCUCUCCCGGCCUACGCCCCCUUUACCCCUAUUUCUCCCCUCCCAAGCCCCGGACCACGGCGGGCGGUACCAGGCGGGUACCCUUAUUACUUGCUUGGGCUUUCACUCACCCACUCACCCAGUCAAGCAAACAGUCACUCAAGCAACAAGUCACGUAG